CAUUCUCUUGCGGGUAAAGCAAAGUGAACCGAACCAAUUAUGACGUGUGUGUUGGGGUCUUCAUCCUGAGUCAUGGGCUUGUUAAAAUGUUAAUGUUCCAUUUCACUUUCUAGUUGUUUUUCUCUCUCCAUAAACUUCAUAUAUUAUUAAUAUUAUUAUGAGCGUUUGCUUGAAGCUGCAUCAAUUGAAGGAUUCUUUAUCUUUUGGCUUUGCUUCCAGUGUCUCAGGGAAACAAGGAGAGUGGUGAUUAUGUGAUGAAAGCUGAAUUUCAUGUUAACAGGAACAUGGCAACUUUAGUGGAGCCCCCAAACAGAAUCAAGCCUAAAGGGAAGCACUAUUACACAAUAUGGCAAACAUUGUUUGAGAUUGACAUGAAGUAUGUUCCGAUCAAGCCUAUUGGCCGAGGAGCGUACGGCGUGGUGUGCUCUUCCAUCAAUAAGGAGACCAAUGAGAAGGUUGCAAUUAAGAAGAUUGGUAACAUAUUUGAGAAUUGCAUAGAUGCUAUGAGAACUUUAAGGGAGCUGAAGCUGCUUAGACACAUUCAGCAUGAGAAUGUGAUUGCUUUGAAAGAUGUCAUGAUGCCAACCCAGAGAACAAGUUUCAAGGAUGUCUACUUGGUCUAUGAACUCAUGGAUACCGAUCUUCAUCAUAUUAUAAAGUCCUCUCAGUCACUGUCAAAUGAUCAUUGCAAAUUUUUCUUGUUUCAGCUGCUUCGAGGUCUUAAAUAUCUUCAUUCUGCAAACAUUCUUCACCGGGACCUGAAGCCUGGGAAUUUGCUUGUCAAUGCCAAUUGUGACUUGAAGAUUUGUGACUUUGGGCUUGCGCGAACCAAUGGAGUUGAUGGCCAGUUUAUGACUGAGUAUGUUGUUACUCGAUGGUAUCGCGCUCCAGAGCUCCUUUUAUGCUGUGACAAUUAUGGAACCUCUAUUGAUGUCUGGUCUGUAGGAUGCAUUUUUGCUGAGAUUCUUGGUAGAAAGCCAAUCUUCCCUGGAACUGAGUGCCUUAACCAGCUCAAACUAAUCAUAAGCGUUCUUGGAAGCCAGGAUGAUCCUGAUCUUGAGUUUAUCGAUAAUCCGAAAGCCAGGAGAUUCAUCAAAACACUUCCCUUUACACGGGGCAAACACUUCUCUCAGCUAUACCCACAAGCAGAUCCAUUGGCCAUAGAUUUGCUGCAAAAAAUGCUUGUAUUUGAUCCCACUAAAAGAAUUACUGUCUUAGAAGCACUUCAACAUCCAUAUAUAGCUGACCUAUAUGAUCCAAGGUGUAAUCCUCCUGCUCAGGUUCCUAUCAAUCUUGACAUGGAUGAAAGUGAGAAUGAAGAGAUUAUUAGGGAAAUGAUGUGGAAUGAGAUGCUUAAUUAUCACCCUGAAGCUGCAUAUGCUAAUGCAUAGGAUGAUUCUUCCAAGGUUUUCUAGUCAAGUUGUUUUAUGUAAUUGGUCUUUUGUAGUUCUGUUUUUCCCUAGAGGAAGUGUAAUCUUAAGGACUUAGCUACCCAAUUUUGUACUUCUGUAAGAUUGUUUAAUACAUGCCUUUUUAAUUUGGGAUCCCCAUAAGGGUAAUAGCAUAUUGUAACUUGUAUAUAUGAAUAUCCACGCCUACUUAUUUGGUCUUUGGUUAAA